AUGGCGGGCGCAGAAGAUUUAACCGACUUUGACGUGAUCGAGAACCAAAAGGAGAAUAUUCAGUCUUUACCUGGCGGCCGUUCAGCGAAAAAACUGGCCACUCUUUUCUCUCCAUCUCCUCUACACAAAUUGUCCACGCCGACGCCGACCGACACGAGAAAUGUCAACGAUUGCAUCCGCGCAGAGUUCGAAGCAGAAAUCGAGAGCCUAUCCGAGUCUGAUGAUCCCUUGGACGUCUUUGACAGAUAUGUCCGCUGGGCUUUGGACGCGUACCCAUCAGCACAGGCGACGGCAGAAUCACAGCUGCAUACAAUCCUCGAACGCGCGACGAAAACGUUUGUUGCAUCGUCCCAGUACAAAAACGACCCCAGAUAUCUAAAGCUAUGGAUGUACUAUAUCCAACUAUUUUCCGAUACACCCCGCGAGACCUAUCUAUUCCUCUCUCGACAAGGAAUCGGCGAGAGCCUUGCAUUGUUCUACGAAGAAUACGCUGCGUGGCUGGAGGGCGCAGGCCGAUGGGCGCAAGCAGAGGAAGUGUAUAAGCUAGGGAUCCAGAGAGAGGCUCGGCCAACGCAGAGACUGCUUCGCAAAUUUAAGGAGUUUGAGGCAAGGCUUGCUCAGCAGCCAGAUGCAUUGGCGGAGCCAUCUUCACCGGCUCUGCCAACUGUUCGUCCCGCGCUGGCCAGUAAGAUGGAUCCCUUCAGUAGCUCAUCACAGCCAGUGGAUCCUCAGGCUCCAAGACGAACCAGCGGUGCUGGCGGCUCGUCUCGACCUGCGAAAUCUAAGCUAUCUAUCUUUUCUGACGCAGACGCUCAACAGCCUGCCAUGUCGUCAAGGGAUGCUGCGUCCAAGGGCUGGGAUAGCAUAGGAUCUCUUUCAGAUCGAAAAAAGGAAAAUACAAUGGAGCCAAAGCCAUGGGUAGGAGAGACUCUUAAGGCGGGUGGUAAGAAGCCAGGGUCUGGGGGAACAAAACUGGCAGUGUUCAGAGAUCCGUCGCUUGCUCAAAUACAAAAUAUUGUUGUUGUUCCAUCAAAACAUCAAGUAACGAUCCAUCCACAAACGGGGAAAAGAGAGUACAUCUUUGUUGAUCUGGCAGCCGUAUAUCCUACCCCCGAGGAACCCGGGACAGAGAUGAGCUUUGAAGAAAUUAUUGCCGCGCAUCGUGGUUGGCUCGACCGCGAGUGGGAUGCUGACCAUACGAAUGAAAAUGACACCCCAGAUCGCGUGGUACCUCUACGUGAAAUUGAGAAUUUGACUCAAGACACGACUGAGAAGCUAGUUAUUGACGGAGACCCUAUGAUGCUUGAUGAGAAUGGCGUAGCAGGAGGAAAGCCUCGAGAACCUCGCACAGGUAGGAAGAAGAAGAUGAUGGAGGUAAAUGAGACACAGAUCAUCAAAACGAAGCUCGACUCUCCCUCAGGACCCAAACUCAAGAAGAAGAACGCUGCCGAGCCCACCAUGACACUUCAUACAAGAGCAGCUACGGAUGAUAUUUACGACAUCUUUAAUGCGCCGCUCAAGCCAACAUCCUUGGCAGGGGACGAGACUGGCGACGAUGAUGAUGAUGACGAAGAGGAAGAAGAAGAUGAUGAUGAAGACGCCGACGAGGACGAAGACAUGACCGAUGCCUUUUAUGGAAGUGAUGCUGAGAGCACUGGCACUACGAGACAAACCCACCAAGAUGAACCAGCACACAGCUCAUAUGUGUAUGACGAUGCGGAAGAGGACGAAGAGCCAGAACCGCCUAGAACUCGCACGAUCUUCAUUCCCAUGCCUCCGGAAGAUUAUGAACCACCAACACGCCCGUAUAGGGACCCGGCAGAAGUGGCCAAUAAUCGUCUGCCAUUUAUGACGCCUAUUGCGGAGAGAACUGAAGUAUCACUAGACGUGGACAUGGACGUGGACCGAGCUUACCAAUUCAAGACGCCUAGCAAGCAUCAUGGUCAAGCUACGCUCAUUGAGGAGUUGUCAGAUUCGGAACCAUCGAGCAGUCCGUUGAGAGAAAUCUUGUUAGAAGAAAGGGCUUUCACCCAUGGACGAACACCUCUGGGGUCCAAAGCCGUGCCUGUUAAAGGACCCAUUAUCAAAGAGGCACAAUGCAGCCCUGUUGAUGGCGGCAUUAGACUGAACAUCCUGACAAACCAACAUCCUCCGCUGGCAGCAUACCCCGGCUUCUACGACCAUCACAGCCAAAGGUACGAACGUGGCGGAGAGAUUCGCAGAUUCGCCAAAGCCGCAAGCAGACUUGGGAAGACGGGUGCAGAUAAAGCCAUGCCGGGUAACCCUCCAGUAGUUAUUCAGUUCGCAGACUGCAACUCUAGAUACACUGUGAGGAAAGAACUCGGCGCUGGCGCUUUUGCACCCGUGUACUUGGUGGAAAAUUCACGGCCGGACCGAGAGGAAGACGAUACUGAUAGGGUCUUUAUGGGCAAGGGCGCAUUCGCCAUUAACCAUCGCGCCGCCAUAGAAGCCUUGAAAAUGGAAUCUCCUCCAACUCCAUGGGAGUUUUACAUCAUGCGCACCGCCCAUUCACGGCUAGGUCCCCAGCAUCGGGCAACGGCAUCAAUCUCGCCAGCACACGAAAUGCACCUAUAUCAGGACGAAGGCUUCCUGUUUCUCCCAUAUCACCCCCACGGCACCUUGCUAGAUGUAAUCAACUUCUUUCGAGCGGAGCCUUCAGGGGUUAUGGAUGAGCAGCUUGCCAUGUUCUUUUCGAUUGAGUUACUGCGCACCGUCGAAGCUCUUCACUCGAAAGACGUGCUCCAUGGCGAUCUGAAGCCCGAUAACUGCCUCCUUCGCCUUGAUCCCAGGUCGUCAUCUGCGUCCUCUGAGCAAGCUCUCUCUAGCCAGUGGUACGCUGAUGGACGCGGCGGCUGGGACUCGCGCGGCGUCGUUCUCAUUGACUUUGGGAGGGGCAUUGACAUGAAGGCGUUUGUGCCAGACGUGGAAUUCAUCGCAGAUUGGAAAACAACCGUACAGGACUGCCCUGAGAUGCGGGAAAGCCGGCCCUGGACGUGGCAGAUUGACUACUACGGGCUCGCAGGCGUCAUUCAUUGCCUUCUCUUUGGCAAAUACAUUGAGACGGUGCGGUCCGACCAAGGGGGGCUAGGACGAGGCGGGCGCAAGUACAAGAUCAGGGAGAGCCUGAAGCGGUACUGGCAGACGGACAUUUGGUCAGACUGCUUCGAGGUGCUGCUUAAUCCGUCGUCGUUUUUGGAUCAUGAAGAUGGCGGCAAGAUGCCUGUGCUGCGGUCGAUGAGGAUUGUACGCGAGAGAAUGGAGGAGUGGCUGCAGAUGAACUGCGAAAAGGGGGCGGGACUAAAGGCUGCGAUGGGGAGAGUUGAGGCCUUUACGAAGGGUCGCAAGUAGAAAAAGAACCUUUGCUUUUUUUUCCCCUUGGCUUGUUUUUUCUUUUCUUUUCUUCUUGUUUAUCCAUUUUGACUUUUGUUUAUAAGUUAUUUAUAGAUGUUAUACCCGGCAAGAUUGUAUACAAGCGUAUGAUACGUAUAAUUAAUGGAAUGUC